CACUAAUGUAUCCUCUUUACCCUUGAUUGAUGUCUGGGAGAUUCAUUUUUUCAAACUCCAGGGCCAGCAGUCUUGUUUCGUUUGUUUGUUUUGUUUUGCUCUUAAAAAGAUAAGUUUAGGUUCUCUAGAAAUGGGUGAUGCCGUUGAUUCUGACAUUGCCCCAGUGGAUUUUUGAUGGCUUAUGGUCAUCCUUCUGUCAGAAAAUGAGGAGUGAACUGUUCGUUUUAUUUCAAAAUUGGAGCUUGCCGUCAUGGGGACAGAUGUUCUCGAUUGCACAAUAAACCAACAUUUAGCCAGACCAUCUUGAUUCAAAACAUCUAUCGUAAUCCCCAAAACAGUGCACAGACGGCUGACGGCUCACACUACCAUUGCCCUCUUGAACAUUUACCGUAACCCUCAAAACUCUUCCCAGUCUGCUGACGGUUUGCGCUGUGCUGUGAGCGAUGUUGAAAUGCAGGAACAUUAUGAUGAAUUCUUUGAGGAGGUCUUCACGGAAAUGGAAGAAAAAUAUGGUGAAGUUGAGGAGAUGAACGUUUGUGAUAACCUUGGAGAUCAUCUAGUUGGAAAUGUAUAUGUAAAGUUUCGUCGUGAAGAAGAUGCAGAAAAGGCUGUGAUUGAUCUGAACAAUCGCUGGUUUAAUGGUCAGCCGAUUCAUGCUGAGCUUUCACCUGUGACUGACUUCAGAGAAGCUUGUUGCCGUCAAUAUGAAAUGGGAGAGUGUACGCGAGGAGGAUUCUGUAACUUUAUGCAUUUGAAGCCCAUCUCCCGAGAAUUGCGACGUGAAUUAUAUGGACGUCGUCGUAAGAAGCAUAGAUCCAGGUCAAGGUCCCGUGAACGUCGUUCUAGAUCCAGAGAUCGUGGUCGUGGAGGCGGUGGCGGAGGAGGAGGCGGUGGCGGAGGAGGAGGAGGGCGGGAACGUGAUAGGAGGCGGUCAAGAGAUCGUGAAAGAUCUGGUCGAUUCUGAGCCAUGCCAUUUUUACUAUAUGUCCAGUAGAAAGUGUUGUAGUCGAUUGACCAAACAAGUUCCUAAUGAGAUUUUUUUUUAAAAAAAAGAUGGGCUUCUGAAUAAAAAUUUGUAGUGAUACAGUA